CGUCUACAUCCAUACUUCAUCCCCACAACCUUCGGAAUCGUCUCGAGAACAAGCAGUCUAUCACCCUCUGCCGUAUCCAAUCUCUCCAAACCGCUUUCAAGAUGAAGUUCGCUUACUUUCUGGCCGCCUCUGCGGUCUGCGCCCCGGUUUUCGUCUCGGCUCUUGCUGUUCCUGAGGUAGCCAAAGUGGAAGUCGCCAAGACUAAAGACGAUGUCACUUCUGACAACAAGGGCGGCUAUGGCAACUCCGGCUAUGGCAAGCACUACGACAAGGACAACUCCGGCUAUGGCGACGACGGCUAUGGCGACUCCGGCUAUGGCAAGGACUACGGCAAAGACAACUCCUACGGCAAAGACGAAUCUACGGCCAAGACAGAGGGCUACGGCGGCUACGGCGGCUACGGCGGCUAUGGCGGACACGGCGGACACGGGGGACACGGUUUCGAAGCUGCCGUCUCGAAGAGGGAUGACACAGAGGGAUACGGCGGCUACGGCGGCUACGGGAAGAGGGAUGACACAGAGGGAUAUGGCGGCUACGGCGGCUACGGGGGACACGGUUUCAAAGCUGCCGUCUCGAAGAGGGAUGACACAGAGGGAUACGGCGCCUACGGCGGUUACGGGGGAUACGGGGGUUACAGCUCUGCUGAUGUCUCGAAGCGCAGCGAGGGCUACGGUGGUUAUGGAGGGUAUGGGGGUGGAGGGUAUGGGGGUUACGGACACGGAGGCCGCGGCGGUUACAGCAAGGCCGAAGUGACGGGCAGCGACUCAAAGCUUACCUCUCGCGGCUACUACGGCGGCAAUUACGGUGGCUACGGAGGUGGCCACCGAGGUGGUUACGGCAAUUACGGCGGUUACGGCGGUGGCCGCUAUGGCAACUACGGCGGCUACGGAGGUCGCUACUAAGUUCCUCGGCUUGCAUCCCUCGUCAACUUGGGCCCCUCUCUUAAUAAAGUCAUGCUCUAGUCGAGUCUCUUUUGGGUAGCUCAUUCCCCUGUUUUGGUUAGUCUGAUUGGUUUUCCCAUAUGAAGCCAAGAUUCUGGCAUUUUCAUGUAUAUACUGUUUUUGGCGUAUGGCAUCGUUUUUUUGCGCUUCUGGCGAGCAGCAACAUGUAUUUGCAAUUUUGAAGCUUGGAAUCGAUUUUUUCUCCUAAAUGGCUCUUCAGAUCAUUUUGCUUUUGUUCUUGGAAUGAAAAAGAAGAAAA